CAAAGAAGAAGCCUGAAAAGGUUCUCAACCCUUUGUUUGAGAAGCGACCCAAACAGUUUGGAAUUGGCGGUGCCCUGCCACCGAAGAAAGAUUUAACUAGAUUUGUCAAGUGGCCUCAUGUUGUUCGUAUCCAGAGGCAAAGGAGGAUUCUGAAGCAACGCCUGAAGGUUCCUCCUGCCGUGAAUCAGUUUACAAAGACACUUGACAAGAAUCUUGCAACCCAACUCUUUAAGUUGUUGCUCAAAUAUAGACCUGAGGAUAAGGCAGCAAAGAAGGAAAGGCUUCUUCAGAGAGCACAAGCUGAAGCUGAGGGGAAGACUGUGGAAUCAAAGAAGCCCAUUGUUGUUAAAUAUGGGCUUAACCAUGUCACUUACCUCAUUGAGCAGAACAAGGCUCAAUUGGUGGUCAUUGCACAUGAUGUCGAUCCUAUUGAGCUUGUUGUUUGGUUACCUGCCUUGUGCCGGAAAAUGGAGGUCCCUUACGCAAUUGUGAAGGGCAAAUCACGUCUUGGAGCGAUUGUCCACAAGAAAACAGCUGCAGCUUUAUGCCUCACAUCUGUUAAGAAUGAAGAUAAAUUGGAAUUUAGCAAGAUUUUGGAGGCAGUCAAGGCUAACUUUAAUGACAAGUUCGACGAGCACCGUAAGAGAUGGGGUGGUGGUAUUAUGGGCUCCAAAUCUCAGGCCAAAACCAAAGCUAAAGAGAGAGUCUUGGCAAAGGAGGCCGCACAAAGAAUGUCCUGAGCUUCUAGUGAGUAGUGGAGAGAAGUUAUGACAAGAAGGAAGUUCUGAUGAUGAAUUUUGCAUUUCUUUUCGGUUGUAUGUUUUGCUUUGAUCUAGUAGUCCAGAUAUUUGACAUGUCUUAUUUAAAUUUUUGGUGGGAGAAUGAGUACUUAUUGCGUACUUUCUGUUUAUUUGAUAUGCAGAUACGAUUAGUACUAUUGUUUGGUUUUCUAGCAUUUGAGAAAGUAUAAUCCAAAAUCUGAAUGUUACUAAAGACAUGAUGUAUAUUGAAGUGAUCGA